CACAACAAUGCAGAGAGGAACUGCUUGCCAGCUAACAGUGUACCUCAGCAGGAAGACGUUGUGGGAUUAACCUAUGACCAUGUGAAACUGAACCUGUAUCUGAACGGGAAGAACAUGCAGUGCCCAGCGUCAGGCAUUCGAGGGACUGUGUUCCCUGUAGUUUACGUGGACAAGAACGCCAUCUUAGCCUGCCAGUUCAGCGACUUUUACCACAUUCCUCCUCAAGGCUUUGAGAAGAUCUUGUUUGAACAGCAGAUCUUUUGAGCCUUUUGCUUCUCAUGCACUUGCAGAGUUGUUGUCCUUAGGGCUUUACGGAAAGUGCUGAUGGUGGAAAGGGUGUUGCAUUGUCAUAUUGUGUAUGCCUUCUCUUUUGCUGCUGCCAUAGUCCAUAGAAGAAAAGCCAGGAGUUCAUAUAUGAGAAG